UCUCUGCACCACAAAUAUCCAUCUAUCUUUUACCGCUUUAAUUCAUUCAAGCAUUAGUUUCCAAUUUUCUCACUACUAUAGUAACACAACGCAGUUUGUGGACAAACUAAGCAAUACUAAUUAAUUAAAAGGGAAAUAAAUAAAUAAAUAAGGAUUUGUUUUGUUGGAUGUAAAUUUGAGAUAGUUGUUGCAUUUGACGACACACGACACAGACACUAAACUAAACCUACAACGGCUGGUCUGGUUUAGGUUUAGGUUUAGGUUGAGCGAUGUCGGGUCUGUAUAACUCCAACUUCUCACCAGUGAGGGCUGCUUCUCCUCAGAUUAGAACCAACCCAGAAGUCGACAGUCAGUACCUUACGGAGUUGCUGGCAGAGCAUCAGAAGCUUGGUCCCUUCAUGCAAGCCCUUCCCAUAUGCAGUCGUCUCUUAAAUCAAGAAAUAUUAAGAGUUUCUGGAAUGCUGUCCAAUCAAGGUUUUGGUGACUUUGACAGACUGCGGCAUAGAAGCCCUAGUCCUAUGGCUUCUUCAAACCUCAUGUCAAGUGUCACUGGAACGGGAUUGGGUGGAUGGAAUAGUCUUCAGCAGGAGAGAUUACGCGGAACUCCUGGAAUGGCAAUGGACUGGCAAGUUGCACCUGCAAGUCCUAGUUCAUACACAGUUAAGAGGAUUUUGCGCUUGGAAAUUCCAGUUGAUGCAUACCCCAACUUCAAUUUUGUUGGAAGGCUUCUGGGACCUAGAGGCAAUUCUCUGAAACGGGUAGAAGCUUCUACAGGUUGUCGUGUGUAUAUUAGAGGAAAGGGUUCAAUAAAAGAUCCAGACAAGGAAGAAAAAUUAAGAGGAAGACCAGGCUAUGAGCAUCUCAAUGAGCAACUCCAUAUUUUGAUUGAGGCUGAUUUACCUGCUAAUAUUGUUGACAUAAGGCUCCGGCAGGCUCAGGAAAUUAUAGAAGAACUGCUCAAACCUGUGGAAGAGUCUGAGGACUAUAUUAAGAGGCAGCAGUUGCGUGAAUUGGCUAUGCUGAAUUCAAAUUUCAGAGAAGAGAGUCCCGGACCAAGUGGAAGUGUAUCUCCAUUCAAUUCCAGUGGAAUGAAACGAGCUAAAACUGGCCGAUGAAAGGUUUCCUUAUUACUUGUAGAUGGUGCUAUUGUUUUGGAGCUAUCUCAAUCAAAGCAUAUCUAUGAAAGAAAGACUAACAAUUAUUAUUGCUGGCUAGCAUUCUGGGGGUUUUAAAUCCUCGCCUUUUAUCCUACAUUUUUUCUUCUAAAACAACAGGAGUCAAAGCUAGGAAGAUUUUUAGAAAGAAAAAAAUGAUAAUAUAAUUGAGUAUUGAGAAUAGGUGUGUUCAAAUGAGUCUUUUUCUUGCACACAUUUCAUACAUUUAUUAUUUAAUUUAUUCUUGUGUCAGUAACUUGUGAGAAGAUGGAAUACACAUGUGAUGGGUGAACUUUUAGGUCUUAAAUGGAUUAAGUUUUGUGGGCAUUUGACAUGCCAGGUCUCAAAGAUUGGUUAUAACAUAGGUUGAAUUCUUUUUAGUUGUUUGUCUCAAAACAUUUGUAUUUUAUUUCCUGUGUUACAGUUGUUGAACUAUACAUGCCAUGUAACAGAUAUCUUACCAUGUAUCAGCCGAAGGAAAAACUAGUAUUUUUUUAUAUAGAAUAUAGUAUAUACUAUAUUUGUUGAGAGAA